AGCGGAAGCGAGGCGUGCGAGGGAGCGAGCGAGGCAUCAUGGCGUCCCGCGGCGGCUCCGGGAAGCGUGGCGGCGGCGGCGGCGGCGGCGGCUCUGGUUCCUCCCGAGGCCCGGAAGGCCAAGAGGAGCCCCCGCCUCCGCUGCAGGCAGUGCUGGUGGCAGACAGCUUCAACCGGCGCUUCUUCCCCGUCUCCAAGGACCGGCCACGGGCUCUGAUUCCUUUGGCCAAUGUGGCCAUGAUCGACUACACGCUGGAAUUCCUCACGGCAGCGGGAGUGGAGGAAACCUUUGUCUUUUGCUGCUGGAAGUCAACAGAGAUCAAGGAGCAUAUACUGAAAUCUAAGUGGUGCCGUUCAAACUCUCCAAACACAGUGCGGUUUGUAACUUCAGACCUCUAUCGCUCGCUUGGUGAUGUACUGAGGGAUGUGGAUGCUAAGUCACUUGUCCGUUCUGACUUCAUCCUUGUCUCAGGAGAUGUUGUGUCCAAUAUUAAUGUUUCCACAGCUUUACAGGAACACAGGUUACGUCGUAAAUUGGAGAAGAAUGUAUCUGUCAUGACCAUGAUCUUCAAAGAGUGCUCACCAGGUCACCGAGCUAGAUGCCAAGAGGAUGACAUUAUUGUUGCCAUGCACAGUGCUACCAAGAGAGUGUUGCACUACCAGAAAACCCAAGGACUGAAACGCUUCCGGUUUCCCAUGAGCUUGUUCCAGAGUAAUAUUGAAGAAGUUCAAGUACGGCAUGAUUUGUUGGACUGUCACAUUAGUAUCUGUUCCCCACAGGUGGCUGAGCUGUUCACAGAUAACUUUGAUUAUCAAACUCGGGAUGACUUUGUGCGUGGCCUUUUGGUGAAUGAAGAGGUAUUGGGCAACCAGAUCCAUAUGCAUGUGACAUCAGAAGAGUAUGGUGUCCCGGUAUCCAACUUGCUGAUUUAUGAAUCUGUGUCCUCUGACAUCCUCCAGCGCUGGGUUUAUCCACUGACGCCUGAGAUGAACAUUACUGAUGAUGAGAAGCAAACUUGCACUCAUUCUCGGCACAACAUCUACCGGGGGGCGGAGGUGAGCCUGGGCCAUGACAGCAUCCUCGAAGAGAACGUCCUCAUCGGACGAGGAACCUCAGUGGGAAGAAAAUGCUCCAUCACCAACAGUGUCAUCGGCCCCAACUGCAACAUAGGUGAUGAGGUUGUUCUGGACCGGGCGUUCCUGUGGAAUGGUGUCUGCGUGGGAGACGGUGCGAAAAUCCAGCAGUCAAUUGUUUGUGAUGAAGCUGUGGUAAAGAAAGGGGUCACUCUGAACCCUCGCUGUGUCCUCAGUUUCCAGGUGGUGGUGGGCCCUGAUAUAACCCUUCCAGAAGGCACUGUUAUCUCCCUCCAUCCUACAGAUGAGGAGGAAGAGGACGAUGACCAGUUCAGCGAUGAUUCCGGUGUGAACAAAGCGGAGACCAAGGUGAAGUUAAAAGGUUACAACCUUGCAGAAGUCGGAUCAGAAGGCAGAGGUUACCUUUGGAAAGCUGAGAGUAAGAAUGAUGUGGACCAAGAGGAACAAACACAGAGUCUUUGGGGCCCCAUUUUAAGUGCAGAAGAAGAAAGUGAGUCAGAAAGCGACGCAAGUCUGGGAUCUGAGCAGCCAGACAGUCGGACAGCUUCCCCCCAGUUGGAUGACGUCAAAGUUUUCCAGAAUGAGGUGCUGGGAACUCUACAAAGGGGUGAAGAAGAAAACAUCUCAUGUGACAACCUGGUUUUGGAAAUUAACUCUCUUAAAUAUGCCUAUAAUAUUGGCUUGAAAGAAGUGAUGGAGGUGCUCAGCAAAGUGGUUCUGGAAUUCCCACUGCAGCAAAUAAAUGCAGAACAAGAUCCCAAGCACUAUUGCAUGCUGAUAGUUCCUUUGCUGAAGAACUGGGCUCCAGUCUUCAAGAAUUACAUAAAGCGGGCAUCGGACCACUUGGAUGCUUUGCAUGCCGUUGAAGAAUUCUUCCUGGAACAUGAGAGCCUGCGUGUGUCCAUGGCCGAAGUGCUCAUGGCUUUCUACCAGCUGGAAAUUUUAGCAGAAGAAAUGAUUCUCACCUGGUUUUCUCAACGGGACACAUCAGAUAAAGGAAGACAGCUUCGUAAAAACCAGCGGCUUCAGAAGUUUAUUCAGUGGCUGGAGGAGGCAGAAGAGGAGUCAUCCGAGGGAGAGCAAAACUGACAUGGAAGCCCCCAUCAGAGAGAGAUGCUCCUGCUCCUCGCUUCCAAGAGGAAGAAGGGCCUCAGCGUCAGGCUUUGCCUGGUGAGAUGGUGGAGCAAGAGCAAGACCCUGGUGCAUGGCGUGGAUGUGUGGGACCUGCAAAUCCAAGUUGACUGACAAUCCUAUUGUUAUUUAUUUGUGUACUUAGCAUCUAUCCCAGAAACGGCACCUCAUGCAGGUUGCACUUGGACAACUGGUAGGAAAAGCCAGAGACCUGUGUAAUGUCUUAAGAUCUUCCUGAGAGUCUGUGAAUGCACAAACAUGAAUGUGGGUGUAUAAGAGGAUUGGAGAGAUAGAGAGAGUGUGGGAGAAUGUGGAAAUGAGCAAUCCACUGAGGCAACAGGCUCACUGUUGAUGUAGUUGUAAUGUGCAAAUGCAUUCAAAUUUCAAGUCAGCCUUGGGUUGGAGCCACUUCUGAAUUACGUAAAAGAGGUCCUGUGAAACUAAAUUUACCCCAAACCCUUGACUUUCCUGGAGUGCCGCAUGCAUAGGUAACAUCUGCUUGUGUGAUUCAGGGGUCAGCUGGAAAUGCAGGACACACAGAAGUCAGUGACCCAAGCUCAGGACUCAUAUGCUUUUAUUGAAGGCAGAGUUGUUAAUUGAGAUAAAGCAAUUCAGCCACAAGGGAAGGGAGAAAAAAACACGUUUCCUUAAGGGGAAAGGUUUGUGUCUGCAGGGAAGUUAGCUUCUGUUUUGGCUUGGAUGCCUGCUUUGGUGCUGGAGCCUUUGCCAAAAUUACAAAACCUUUUCUGUUUCACUUCUGUGUGUACAAAAUGGGGAAAGGAUUCACCUACCUCACAAGACGUUCGUAUGUGAAAAAUCUAUUGUGAGUAAAUGUUGUGCUCCUGACAGUGGAGCCUUUUGUCCAUGUCCAUCCUCCUUGCUGACCAGUUUGACUCUCUGGAUCUGGAAGGGCAGGUCCAUUUUCCCCUCGCUGCUGGAGGCGGAACAGAUACUCUUGGUACCUUUCAGGAAGGGGCUGGAUACUGUCCACUGCAACUGCUGACAAGUAUGUCUAUCACUUUAUAACCCUUUUCAAGUUCUUUAGUGACCACACAGACACAAUGUGGAUGCAAGAUAAGUUAGUCAUACACCCCCAAAGAAGGGCCCAAGGAUUUUAGAGGUUUUCCAAAAAUGCUUUACAAAAGUUGACCAUAGAGCUUCUCUAAGUGGGUUUGGCAUAAAAGGGCAUAGUUACAUGUUCUUUCUCUCUUGUUCCUCCAUGCGCCAUUUUCAUUCCUGGCAAAAGUGCUCAAACAACCAUUUUAUGUGGAUUAUGGUUUAGCAUCCAGCUGAAGCUAGUGAGAACUGGGAAUGGAGUGAAAUACAGUAGGUUAAAUUGUUGGAGUUGAUCUGUUCAUUUUGUCACUGUUCCUUCUGGAAAACAAUCACAGCAUAACUUGAGAAAGGAGAACACUGUCUUUGCCAGUCUUUUGGGUUGCUGUAGGUGUCGGAGAGUGCUGUCGUGCCAUGUGGAAUCCACAAAGUGUCUGGGAAAACAUUGUCAGAUGAGCAAAUCUUAAACACUGGCCAGUCAGGCUGGGCCUUUCUUGUCACAACAUCCUCUUGUAAGUCUUGGGAAAGAAGUACUUUUUCCCCUUGUGCCUGCUAAUAUUUAAAUUGAGAGCAAUUAAACAUCUCUGGUUCAAAGAACGGGCUCUCUGUUCUGUCAUGUUUGAGCACAAGAUUUGAGUUUGACUGGACCCAAGGAAGCGAAUCACAGGUUCUCUCAGAGAAGAAGAAUCUAUUUAAAAAGGCUUUUAUGUCUUGUUUAAUGGAUGCUGCAAUUGCUGCCUCUGCAGAUGCUCCCAAAUUGAUAUGAGUAUAUAUGUCAAACGCUCCAUGCAUUUUGUUCAGUUUCUUGAAAUAUUUGUGAGCCACACUAGUGAUGUCUGAAUUUUUGUGAAGUCCACCACUAGCGCAUAGCUCAUAAACAUCCUGGAAAUAUAAACCACAUGGGUGAUGUUUUUAACCUUCCAGAACUUUUUGGGGAUAAUGGGUGGUGGUGGGGAAAAGACUGGGAAAUCAUAAGGUUGUGGCAAACUUGCUUAUUUAAAACCCAAGUUCAGGAUCUGAAUGGCUAGUUUUAUCUUAUUUUUCUAACACUUCUAAAGUAUUUAUUCGAUUGGAUUCUGAAAAGAUUUGUCAAGUGUCGUAACUUAACUUUAUUGGGCUGCUGAGAGAGGUGGGGUUUGCGGGUAAGAAAGCGGUUUCUCUCUGUUUUAUCAUUAGCUGACAUAUUAGUUGCCUUGUUUGGGAAAAGACAGGUUGGCUGAUUUUGGCUUUGAAUGGAAAUGAAUCUUGGAUGGGCAUCUAAUGUGAGCCAGCGUGAUCCAUCAUGUGGCAUUAGCUAACUUUCAAUUACUCUUGUGACAUUGGCCCUUGAAAAUGAGCUUUUGUGACGUAGGUCCAAAACACACUGCAGAAAUAAUCCAGUUUGAGACCACUUUAACUGCCCUGGUUCAAUGCCAGGAAAUUCUGGGAACUGUAGUUUUGUGAGACAUUGAGCCUUCUCUGUCAGAGAGAGGUCUGGUGCCACAAUAAACUACAGAUCCCAGGAUUCCCUAGCAGUGAGCCAGGGCAGUUAAAGUGCUCUCAAACUAGUUCUGCAGUGUCUUUUGGACCGCAGUUGAAAUUGGUCCUGGUCUUGUGUCGUGACUUAACCCAAACAAGCGGAGAGGCUCAGGUGCAGUUGAGAUCCAUCUUAGCAACUAUGUCCUAGGACAACGUGUGCCACGGGAUGGAGUUUUUCUUUGCCACAUGACAGAAUUUAAAAAAAGUGACGAUGGCUUUUGUUUUCUUCCUGCUGCCUUGUGCAACACCUGCUAGAAGAAAUCUCAAAGCCAGAAAAUAAUUUCCCUGUUUUUAAUAUUUGUCUUCUUAUGUUUUUGGUGAUGUUUGGUUGUAUUAUAGUUAAGUGCUUUUUAAAAAGAGGAUUUUUAAAAAAUAUACCAACUUGAAAAGAGACCAUCUUUCAGACCUGGUCAAAUAUGGAGUCCUGCUGUUAUGCUGGUAUAAGCUGACAAAAUCUGUGUGAUUGUCUUGCCCUUCUUCCCUUGAUAUUGCUCAGGAAGACAGACACAGCAUAGUCCCUCCUUUCCUCCAAACAUGUCAACUAUCUUGAUAUAUAAAAUGUAGACAUGAAAAAAUA